UCUCUCUCUCUCUCUCUCUCUCUCUCUCUCUCUCUCUCUCUCUCUCUCUCUCUCUCUCUCUCUCUCUCUCUGUGUUCGCGCGCAAUUUAUUUAGCAUUUGAAAUAAUAUAUAUUUUUGCAUGACAGGUAUAUGUUGCCAUUUGCUACACAUACUGGCAUGCAAAUGCUAGAUAUAUUAGGGGACUCUUUUCAACAAUAAAUAACAGUGUUUUACCGCAAAUGAGAUGCUUCACUCUGAUAUAAGACGCUUUAGGCUAUCUGUACAGACAGAAAUACUAUAUUUGGCAAUUCAUGAUUGCCAUAUAUUGUGCAAAUUUUUAUAAGCUAUAUGGUCCAUUCAUCUUUCAUCAUGGAGGGCAAGAGGGUGAAGCUGCCCUUAUACCAGAUCUCAGAGAUGGAGUACUUAAUUUUAUCUGAGGAUCCUGGUGGGGAUGAAGUAGGGGUGGUGAGGGUCCGCCACCACCCUCUAUGCCUGGAGCCACCACUCCCCACCACCCAGUGCAAGAUGCCUCCUCUGCCCACCUUCACCACCACCAGGCCACAGCCCUCCACCUCCGGCUUCACCGCACUCCCCUCCACCUCCACCUUUCCCUCACAGCCCUCCACCUCCGGCUUCACCGCACUCCCUUCCUUCCCUCACAGCCCUCCACCUCCGCCAUCACAGCACCACCACCCAAGAGAUUCAGGGAGAAAUCUCCCGAACUGUAAUAAAAAAAAAAGUAAUAAAAUAUAAAAAGUAAAA